CAAUGGAUGCAGAAGAUCGCCGGGUGAUCCAGCUCAGGACAACCCAGACAGCCCAAGACACAAAUACAACUUCAUCGCCGACGUGGUGGAGAAAAUUGCUCCGUCUGUGGUUCACAUUGAACUUUACCGCAAGAUGACCUAUUCCAAGCGGGAGGUGGCCGUGGCCAGUGGUUCUGGCUUUGUUGUGGCAGAGGAUGGCCAGAUAGUGACCAAUGCCCACGUCGUGGCAAAUAAGCACCGGGUGAAAGUGGAGCUGAAGAGCGGCGGCACCUACGAGGCCAAAAUCAAAGACGUGGACGAGAAAUCGGACAUCGCCCUCAUCAAGAUCGAAGCACCGACCAAGCUUCCUGUGCUGCCGCUGGGCCGCUCAGCAGACCUGAGACCAGGGGAGUUUGUGGUUGCUAUCGGCAGCCCGUUUUCCCUCCAGAACACAGUAACUACGGGAAUCGUCAGCACCACUCAGCGAGGGGGCAGAGAGCUGGGCCUUCCCAACUCCGACAUGGAGUAUAUUCAAACCGAUGCCAUCAUAAAUUACGGCAACUCCGGAGGGCCUCUGGUAAAUCUGGAUGGUGAGGUGAUCGGGAUCAAUACGUUGAAAGUGACAGCUGGCAUCUCCUUCGCUAUACCCUCAGAUAAAAUUCGAGAGUUCUUGACAGAGUCCUACGACAGGCUGUCCAGAGGGAGAAUGGCUGCUAAGAAGAAGUAUAUCGGUGUGAGGAUGAUGACUCUCACUCCAACGCUGGCCAAAGAGCUGAAGACUCGACAUCGUGAUUUCCCUGACAUCACCUCUGGAGCUUACGUUAUGGAGGUCAUCGCAAAGACACCAGCUGCAACUGCUGGGCUCAAAGAACAUGACGUCAUCAUCUCGAUCAACGGCCAAAGGAUCUCAUCAGCGAAUGAUGUCACUUCCGCCAUCAAGCAGGACGGCACCUUGAGAGUAGUUGUGCGCCGUGGAAAUGAGGACGCCAUCCUCACGGUUGUUCCCAUGGAGAUCGACCCUUGACCUUCCACAAAGCAGCACCAUAGGAGCUGGAGCUAGGUUUUACUUAUCACCAGUGGACCUUACAUUGGAGAGGGGCUUCUACUGACACCCGCUCCUCCUGUGGCCAAAGGCCAGUGGCGCCACACAUCCAGGAAAAUUCUGGCUUUGCCUUGAAAGGAGCGACUGUACAGAUGCUCUAAAAGCAGCGCUGACCGUUCUCCAUGUGUGUUUUCACGUUUAGUCUUUAAUACUUUGAUCAAUGUGUCUACUGUUUGGUCAUAAACAUAAGAAGCUGGUUAUCGGCAUAUUGUUUUUAUCUGCUUUCUCUUGUUUUGUGUCUUUUUUAAUAUGGACUUCUGCCCAGCCAGGCCUUCCACUGCAAUUUAGAGACUCGUUGGGCAAUUCUGAUUUGUAUAAUUAUUGUUUUCUAAACUCCUUUUUUUAAAGUACUGUAGAAUGUUCUUUUUUUGUUGAUUAUGUGAUGUAUACUGAGAAGAAAAUAAAGGGUUUACCUUCUUUUGUUUUGACACUCAC